AUGUUUACAAAAAAUAUUUUAAUUUAUACAAUUAUAAUAAUUAGUUUUAUUAAUAUCUAUUAUGAACAAUUUACAAUGAUUAAUGCAACUUAUUUACCACGUUAUCAACGUUCAUUAAGUAUGAAAAAUCUUCAAUUAUGGCCAAAUGGUAUUAUACCUUAUAUUAUUGAUGAUAUAGAUAAAUCAAAAACUAAUGAAUUCACAGAAUAUUUUUCUAAACUUGAUGUUUUAUUAAUUAAAAAAGCAAUGUCAAUUAUUGAAGAGGAAACAUGUAUUCAAUUUUAUGAUCUAACUUCUAGAAUUAAUUCACGAAGAUUUCAUGAUAGACAUGUGAUUCGAAUUAAAGGUCGAGGUCAAAGAGGAUGCUAUUCAUCACUAGGCAUGGUGAGAAAUAGAAAUCAGGUUCUUCGCCUUGGUCCAACUUGUCGAACAGUUGGUCAAAUACUUCAUGAAUUACUUCAUUCAUUAGGUGUAAUGCAUGAAAUUAUGCGACCAGAUCGUGAUCAAUACGUCAUUCUACACGAAGAAAACAUUGAUAAAUCAUAUUUGCCAGAAUUUAAAAAAGUUAAAGAACACCAGUCUAUUUUGGCAGAUCGUAAAUUUGAUUUUCAAUCAAUUAGUUUAUAUGAUCCUUUUACUUUCACAUCAAAUGGUAAUCCAGUAUGGGAACCGGUCAUUGAUUUAGAUAAUGAACCAUUGUUUUCAAUCAGUGAAAAAUACUUAUCAUUUGAGGAUACUGUUGGUUUAAAUCGACUGUAUCAGUGUGAUAAAACCUGCUCUAAUCAAAGUGUACCUUGUAAAUCAGGCGAAUUUCGAAACAAACAUUGUGUUUGUACAAAUGUUUCAAAAUAUGCCUUUGAUCGGUGCAAAGAUGAUGUCAAUGAAAUGAAAUAUUGCAGUGAUGCAGUUUCUAAAAAUAAAUGUUACGAUGAAGCAAAAUACGCCAUACCGUUUUGCAGAAAGACAUGUGGCAGAUGUUUUCGGGCUGGUUCAAUAGGAAUAUCAAAUCCUCCGAAAAAAUUAUGUCAUGAUGUGGAGAUUGAUUUGUGUGAAAACUACGUCAAAGAAGGAUAUUGUCACUUUGAUGGUUGGACCAAAUUAAAUUGUCAGUAUUCCUGUAACCUUUGUCCAUCACCAGAUGUUGUCAAAAGACAAGUUGAAACAGGUGAUGUGAUGGCAUACUUGGAAGCUUAUCGCAAAGGCGAUUGUUUCAAUAGAUAUGAUGAUCUACGUUGUGAAGUAUUUGCUGAACGUGGUGAUUGUCGUACAAAUCCUGGUUUUAUGUCUAGUCAGUGUACGCAGUCAUGUGGAUUAUGUCCAGACUUAGAAAAUCGGCAUCCAAAUGUUAGUCAUACACAGUCUUCUCAUACAACACGACUACCAGCACCUUGUCGUAAUUAUAUUGAUGAUCAACGGUGUGAUGCCCUUGCUAAAGAAGGAAAAUGUUUUGGAACCACAUUAAAACAAUGUCUUGGUUCGUGUAAUAAGUGUGGUGAUAAUUAUCAACGUCAAACAACUGAAGCUCCACGUACUACGACAACCAAUAUUAUUAUUAAUAACAACAAUAAUAAUAAUUCAUUAUUAUCAAACGAAUGUGAAGAUCAAUCAUUAUUAUGUUCAUAUUAUAAAAAUACUUUAGAAUGUAAAACGAAUAAAAUUAUUAUGUUAGAAAUAUGUCCUAAAACUUGUGGAUCAUGUGAAAAAAUAUGUGAAGAUAUCGAUUCAUUUAACAUAUGUAAUGAUCUUGUUCAACGUGGUUUUUGUAACCUAUCAAAAGCGCAUGCUCAACGAUGUAAAAAAAGUUGUGGUAUCUGUAAAGAAACCAAAUCUUUUGAUGUGAAUUUACCCAUCUCCAAAAAUGUUUCUAAUGGAAUUGUGUCAAAAGGAACAAUUAAAGUUAAUGAGACCAUUUUUAGCACUACUCCCACUGCAUUUAUAACUAGCAGUACUACAGUAAUACCCCAAACAAACUCUAUCACUUCUCCGACAAAACGUAGUUCAAAUGGCUUUAAAAUGACAUCAACAGCUCCUAAAAGUGAAGAAAUCUCACAGGAGAAACUAUCAAUGAAACCUAAAUUUAUAAGUAAGAGAACGUAUUCACCAUCAAAAUAUUCUAAUGAUAAACAAGAAUGUUCUGAUCAAUAUCCAAAGACAUCUUGUGCCGCUUGGAAAAAGACAGGUUACUGCAACUUUCCACAUGUCUCACAGCUAUGUUUACAAACAUGUCAUUUAUGUGAAACUGUUGAAUUGUUAAAUAAAUAUCGACCAUUGAUAAUUUAAUUAUUCUUUUAGUUGGUUCUCCUUGUAUUUCCUAACUGUAUCCCAGCUCUAUUUCCUUUAUCUUCCCAUUGUUGUCUUUUUGCAUUUAAUAAGUAUAUUUUAUACUAGUGACACUACUUCCAAUAUUAAUUUUAUUCCUAAUUUUAAACACCAUCUGUUUCUUUUUAUAAGAAAAAUUUAUUAAAA